AUGUUGCCCAACCUCAUUCCCAUCAGCACGUUCGAAGAUGUCGACACUGCCAUCAGUGCCAAGGACAAGCUCCAGGGCUACGAACACAACGGCCGCCGUCUCGACCUCGACUUUGCCGAAGGCGAGCGCAAGACGUCGCGCACCAUGGCCAGCAACGAUCCGCGCGGCGGACGUCGUCGCGGACGUUCCCGGUCCCGCGAUCGUCGUGGCCGCUCCCGCUCUCGUUCCCCAGUUCGCCGAUAUUCCCGUUCCCGCUCUCCAGUUCGUCGCCGUUCUCGCUCCCCUGUUCGCCGCCGUUCUCGCUCCCGCUCCCCUGUUCGCCGCCGUUCUCGCUCCCGCUCCCCUGUUCGCCGCCGUUCUCGCUCCCGCUCGCCCGACCGUUCAGCCCGUCGCCGCUCUCCCUCGCGCUCCCGAUCCCGCUCGCGCUCGCCUGCACGUCGCCCAAUGUCGCGAUCCCCGUCCCCGGCGCGCUAA